AUGCCUAGAAAACUAAUAAUUUCAACAGAUAAGCAGCUUUUCUAUAAUUGUCCCAAGAUUCUACGACCAGAUUUGCUGCCAGGGGAAGAGUUUGUGUGUGAAGGUCUCCGUGUGCUCUUGGAUCCUGAUGGCAGAGAAGAGGCAACUGGAGGAUUGCUUGGAGGACCUCAUAUUCUUCCUGCAGAAGGAGCUUUGUUCCUUACUACAUACAGAGUUAUAUUUAAAGGCACCCCUCAUGAUCAACUAGUUGGAGAACAAACAGUUAUUCGGAGCUUCCCUAUUGCUUCAGUAACAAAGGAGAAGAAAAUUACCAUCCAAAACCAACUUCAACAAAGUAUGCAAGAAGGGCUGCAGAUCACCUCAGCUACCUUUCAGCUGAUCAAGGUAGCUUUUGAUGAGGAAGUGAGCCCUGAAGUUGUGGAGAUAUUUAAGAAGCAGCUGAUGAAGUUUCGCUAUCCUCAGUCCAUCUUCAGUACUUUUGCUUUUGCAGCUGGCCAAACAGCACCUCAGAUCAUCUUGCCAAAGCAAAAGGAGAAAAACACUUCCUUUCGGUAA